AUGACAAACAUUUAACAUCAUUUUAAAUUAAUCGUCACACAAACAAUAUUCUUAGCUGAUCUGAUCGAAACAACCAUAAGUUUAAGCGUUUUAUUUGUUCUUGUGAUGUAUUGGAUUAAUUGUAAAUAUGUUUCAUUUUAUGCCUAGCUCAGAUAUCGAGUAAUAAUGAGACUAUUAUUGAAAUAAUGAAGGCUAAUAUCACACUAACAGGGAUUGAUCUCUAACAAACUAUUUCCUCUAUUGGGUUUUUGUUCAACAUUACCAAAUUGACUCUUAAUCAACAAGUGAUUUCCCAACAAAAUUCGACUUUACAAACAGUUAUAGGCGCAUUUACAAUUACAGAAAGGUCAUAAAUUGCAUAGAUCGAAGAGAUUACUUCAAUAUCAAUUCCGAAUCUCCCUUAUUAUGUGAUAUAACUAACUUCAGACAGCUUAUGUACUUCAAACAACACUUUAAAUUAGUAUAAUUUUAAAUCAACUCCAAACUGCAUAAAUAAUCCAAAAUUCUGUUAAUUAUUGCAGAACUCAUAUGACGAUUAGGGUAAUUUUGAUCUAUUUUUGUAUAUGAAAAAUCAGAGGUAAGAUUAAGUGAUAUUUUAUACUUUGUUUCCUUUCAACAUUUAAUUAACUUAAAUUUGUGGUCUAUUAGCAAAUGAUUCCUUGUUUUAGUGUUUCAUCUUGGAUUUAGCAGAAUAUAAAUAAUCCGAGGGGAUUUUGUAUUCUACAUUGUUUACAAUAAAUAAUUCAGUAGUUUCAGAUGUAACUGAUGACUGUCUCAAUGCUGAAAUGAAGUGUAGUGCUGCUACGGAGUUCAAUAAUAUGGAUUUAGAUUACUCAAACACUUAAGACAUCGUUGAGUUUUUAGAGAGUAUAGACAAGGCUGAUUGGUUGAAUUAAAUGCACCCUUUGACUCGUUAUUAUGAAUCAUCCAAUCCAAUUAUUAGUUUAUCAAUGAUAGAUAUUAAGGUCUACUUUUAUUAAUCAAUUCACAUUGGAACAUAUGACAUCGUAAUAAUUUAUUGAUUUCUAUUAGAAUGAUGAAUUUUAUUCGGAGUACAAAGAAGAUUUAAUAAAUUAAACAAAAGAAGAACAAGAUAAACUAAAUGCUCUUCAAUAGAAUUAUGAUAGAUGGCAAUUACUUGCCACAUUCAACAAUAAAUUGUACACAAAUUUAGUAGAAACCAAACAGGAAGAUUAUUUUGAUUUCUUUCUGUUUUUCUAAGUGUUUAUUCUCUUUUUAUUGUUGACUCCAAUUUUAGUGAAUAUUAUAACUCAAAAUGAAUUUGAUUAAAUUAGCAUAACAUUAAAUUAAGUAUCCCUGAUGAUGUAAAUGUUUUUUGAGUUGGAUUAUGAUACAUUACAUAAAGACUUGAAUGCAUUUAAAGAAUACCAAAAAAGUAGUUUAACUGAAUUGAAUGAAUUGCUCUAAAUAUUUGAUGAGUUUUGUUGGUUGAUUGAUUUCUUAAAUCAAUUAAACAAGAAGGUUCAUGAUUUGGAAAAGUUAGAACAAGGAUUACAUAUAUUUUAGAAAAGAAACUCUAUUGAAUGUUUGGAGUUAAUCUUAAUGAAAUUGGUAUCGGAACAUAGUCGAUAAAAGGAUUAUGAGACCGCUAUCACAUACAACAAACAACUAAUCUCUAUACUUGAAUAAUAAAAGAAAGACACAUAACUGAUUAAAUCUGAAGAGAUUAUGAGAAUAAACUACAAAUUGUUUCAAUCGCUAAAUCAAUUAUUAGAUCUAUUAUCAAAAUUAUUAAUUCGAAAUAAGAGUCGAGAUAGAAAUGCAUUCAACUAAGCAAAAACUUUAUUCUCAAACAUUAUGGAUUUUGCAGACACUUUGGAAAUAAAGUUCACUUUACAAAUUAAGUUAUUCUUUAAAAAAUGCAAACUGCUCUUCAAUCUUAGGAAAAUUAAGGAAGCCGAAUAAUGCAUUGACUAAGCUCAAUUAAUUUUGUAAUAAAACUAUACCUUAAGUAAAAAUGCAUCUUACUAAAACAAAACAUUCAAUUAAGACAAAAAGUUAUUGUAGGUAGUUCAAUAAAAAAUCUAUUUCUAUCGAGGGUUAAUAUAUAUGUCAAGCGGCUAAUUACAGCCUGCCAUCUAAUAAUUGAUGUUAGCUCUUGAUUACGGGAAUGUUUAUCAGACGAAAUUAAGAGUAAAAACAAUCAAGAUGCUAUCAACAUUACUUGCAAAAUAAGAGAAAUUUAAAUCUGAUAGUUAAAUUUUAAAAUAACUCCAAUACUUUUUCCAAAAUUAAAAACGAUAGUUUAUAUUCCUAAUUGAUUCUACAUAAAGAAUGGCUGAAAAUCAACUUGAAGUUGUAGAAACCAUCAAAUAAGUAUGAAUUUAAAUUAAUAUCGUUAGAUAUUUUAAAUUAUGAAUGACGAUGAUUUGAUAUAAGUAUCAACUUUUGAUGAAUAUACACAUGUAUUAAUUGAAUCUUAAUCAAAAAUUAGUAUACUAGAAACUAUGGGUAAAAAUUAUAUGGAAGAUGGAUUUUUUGAUUAUUUAAGUGGGAGAUAAACUCAAAAUCAGCGCAAAUUAUAUUAAGGCAUUUUGGAAUCCUUAAAUCAAUCACUUCCUAAAAAAUAUACUAAUUACUUAAUUGUAAUGACUUUUGGAGAAAAUUAUGCUGAAUAAAAUGAUAAAUUAGUAGAAUUGUUGGAAAAGUUGAGAGAAGGAUUUUGGCAUUUCAUAUUGUGUAGUACAUAAGAAAAGAAGUUUAUGAAUUAAAGGAAUACAUUCUAUAGAUUAACAGAUGAGGCCAGAGAUGGGACUUAUAUUGAAUUGUUUGCCAAUUUUGAAGAAGGUUUAAGUAAGAUUAUUUCGCUGUGUAAUUGA